CGCGUGGCUCGCCUGUCAGAUGUAAACAAAGCCGGAUUCUCCACCAAAUAACCUCUAUAGACGCACACACGGACCCCCAAAAUGUUAGGAUGGUCGGGGAGCGGGUCCAUCGAGCCCCACGCGUGACUGUCACGCGUUGUCACCCACGGCAGAGCCGUUAUUUCAGCUCUAAUGAGUCUCGCUGCGAGCGGAUGUUCCUGCCGGCGCGUCAUUUCCACGAGCGCCCAACGCCCCGCUGCACAAAGCUGCUGCAAUGGUUAAUGCCUUUUAUUGCAUACCAAUUAAAACAAGCACACCUUACUUGUAUGUAAUUAUAUAUAGAUACAUGGAUUUUUAUCACAAUUUAUCUGGGGGUUUCAUUGAUUAACAGAAAUGACCCUUACUCGGUCACGUGAUCUCGCCCAGAAACACCAAACAUUGCUUAACUCUGUACUUUCGCUGCUCUACAAAAUAACCAUGAGAUUUCUGGACCUCUUUGGACGAUUAAAAUCCGUCGUUAUUGGGAUGAUUCACGUUAAAGCUUUGCCAGGAACCCCCCUGGGGCGCAUGAAAAUGUCCCAAAUCAUCGAAGAAGCAUGCGAGGAGGCAGACGUCUACUGUGACGCAGGAGUUGAUGGUUUGAUCAUUGAAAACAUGCACGACAUCCCGUACACGUUCGGCGUGGGUCCGGAGGUGUGCGCCUGCAUGACCUCUGUCUGCGCCGCCGUGAGACGCUCCUGCCCGUCGCUGCCGCUCGGGGUGCAGAUCCUGUCCUCGGCCAACCAGCAGGCGCUGGCCGUCGCUCUGGCCUCAGGUCUGGACUUCAUCAGGGCAGAGGGCUUUGUGUUCUCUAGCGUGGCAGACGAGGGCCUCCUGAACGCCUGCGCCGGGGACCUGCUCAGAUACCGCAAGCAGAUCGGAGCCGAGCAUGUGCAGAUCUUCACCGACAUCAAGAAGAAGCACAGUUCCCAUGCCCUGACCUCAGAUCUGAACAUAGAAGAGACAGCUCGUGCUGCAGAGUUCUUCCUCUCCGAUGGGCUCAUCGUCACGGGAACAGCCACGGGUGUGCAGGCUGACCCCCAGGAACUCAGAGCCGUCUCCCAGUCUGUGAGAAUCCCGGUGCUGAUUGGUUCUGGGGUGACGCACGACAACGUGGAGCGCUACCUCGAUGCCAACGCCGUGAUCAUCGGCUCCCACUUCAAGCACGGCGGCCACUGGGCCGGCGCCGUGGACCCGGACCGGGUCCGGACCUUCAUGGAGAAGAUGAGAAGCCUUCGACAGUGACAACCAGAUCAGUUCAGAAACAUGUUUGUGCAGAAACAUUAAAAACACCUGCAGCCUCUCAAUUAAGAAAACAAGUUUUAUUCACAUUUUUUUUAAUGCAUUUCAUAAAGACACAAAUAAAAAGUAUAUUUAAGUAAAGUACAACUGGUGUAACAUGACAAAAGAGUGUUUGCUGAAAAGUACAAAAAGAGUUUAUUCCAUGAAGCCAAGAAGGUUCACUUGAUGUUUUCACACAGCAUUAAUAAUAUACAGGCCGAUACACGCGUGUACGUUUGCAGGAGGCCGAGCCGCGACCUGACGUGACGCGUGCAUCACACUACAAUAAAAGUAACAUCCAGCUUUUAACUUAAUAUUGAAACACUGCUGUUUUCUGUAAAAGCACAUAACUCCAACACCUAAAAUAUU